CAGUGGGUUUGCCCGUUUUAUGACAAGUAGCAGUUGUGUAUAUCAGCUUGAGCCUGGAGCUGCGCUCUCACUCGGGUCUACCGUGCGGGAGGAAUGGCAGGCUGGGGAGGCUUCUUCGUGUCUCUCCUCAACUACAAGACAGAGAAAUACGUGAUCGCCGAAAACAGGAAAAUCGGGAUAUUAUUUAGACUCUAUCAACUGGCCGUGCUGGGAUACAUAAUCGGGUGGGUGUUUGUGGUGAGGAAAGGUUACCAGGAGAGAGAAGAGGCCAUCCAGUCUUCAGUCAUCACCAAGCUGAAAGGUGUGGCACUGACCAACAGCUCAGAGACAGGGCUUCACCUGUGGAGUGCUGAGGAUUAUGUCGUACCCCCAAAUGGUGAGCAGGUGUUCUUCGUAGUAACAAAUUACAUUGAGACCCCCAAUCAGAGGCUGGGGUUCUGCGCUGAGAGUUUCAAGGUGCCAAAUGGACGAUGUCAAAGUGAUGAUGACUGCGUGGGGGGGGAGGCUGUCAUAGCUGGUCAUGCUCCACCCAGCCAAGAAUCUUUGCUCUCUUCGUCAGGAAUAAAGACCGGCUUGUGUAUAAACAGCACUGGGACCUGUGAGAUUCAUGGCUGGUGUCCUGUUGAAUACAGCAAGAGACCCACAGAGCCCUUACUGAGCGAGGCAGAAAACUUCACCAUCUACAUUAAGAAUUUCAUCCGGUUUCCAAAGUUUGAAUUCUCUAAGUCCAAUGUUCUUGAAACAUUAGAUAACAGCUACCUGAAAAGAUGCUCCUACGACAGAGAGAACCACCUGUACUGUCCCAUCUUCCGCCUCGGAGAUCUGGUCAGCUGGACUGGGUAUGACUUCCAGGACAUGGCUGCUAAGGGUGGGUCUGUUGGUAUUGUUAUUGAGUGGAACUGUGACCUGGAUAAGGACUCUACACAGUGUAAUCCACACUACAGCUUUACUCGUUUGGACUUAAAGUUUAACAACUCGCUCACAUCAGGAUACAACUUCAGAUAUGCCAGGUAUUACAAGGAUCAAAAUGGCGAGACCUUUCGCACUUUGUACAAGGUGUAUGGGAUUCGCUUUGAUAUAAUGGUCAAUGGCCAGGCUGGGAAAUUCAAUAUUGUACCCACAAUAAUUGCCAUUGGUUCGGGUGUUGCCCUGCUUGGUGUAGGAGCCUUUGCAUGCGAUAUGAUACUGCUGUACAUGAUGAACACAAGUUCCUUCUACCGAGAGAGGAAGUUCGAAAUCAUCAACUUCAAAAAAGACCCGACCAAAGCCAAGGACGGGAAGACAGGACACCGGGAAAGGAGAUCCAGGAAACCAGCUGCAGAGAAAGAGGCCGCCAACUCCAAUAAAAAGCCAGAGGAAACUGAACCAACUGCAGAGAGCCAGCUGCUUGUGGACAAACAGGGUCCCACCAUUCCACGCAACACAGGACAGCGAUACUCUGCUCAUCUCUCUCCCCAAGGUGCAGAGCCAAGGCCUCAUAUCACCUUCGCUUCACAAAAUUAAGUUUGCAGCAAGAGCAAGACAAAUCACCUGCAGUGGUCUGCCAGAGGUGGAACCAAAAGAUGGACCGAUGUCCACUUCUCACCUACUGGUGAGACUGGACAGCUGGCAUGCCACUAGCUUGAGUGAUGCUUGACCUGACUAAAGAUAUGUUGGUCCAGAGAAAAGGGAAUGUGCCGGUGGGCCAGGAAAGCUGAUGUAGAAAUACACAGAAAGGCGGUUUUCAGUGGCUGGGUCAGGGUCCAAAGCUGGGAUGUGGAAGAUUACAACAGAUUCAUAAAUAAUUAUAUGCAAAAGUGCUGUGGUAAUGCUGAUGCAAUUAGCGGAGAUGUCAAAUGAUUCAUCUAAGACUUAAAGUGAAUUGACGAAUAUUUGCAGAUUACUGCUUUACAAAUGCAAGUAAUUUCUUAUGUCUUUGUUUCAUGUCACAGAAUCAAUACUUAAUAGCUUUCUUGGCUGUUGAUCAGACUAAUUAAGCAUCAUUUCCAGUUUGAGUAAUAUAUGAUGGGCCUUAGUUUUUAUUUUUUUGCCAUUUAUGGACUAAGGUAUAAAAAUUCCAGCAAAAAUACUAGACAUAGAUAGAUUCAUGAACGAGAGUAUCUAUCUAUAUAUCUAUGAACCUCAAAUAUAGGAUUGGAUUAAGUAAAAUAGACUGUGGAUUUACAUUAUAAACUGUAAAAUGAUUUUGGCUAAAUCAAUUUGCAAAAUACCUUCUACCUACCUAUGAAAAAAUAAAUAAAUAAAAUGAAAUGUGUGAACGGUC